AGAAAGUCUAGAGUACAAGUAUUCAAACUUGGAAAGAAAUAAAGUGUCAAGUUCAGAGAGCAGAGACCUAAUAGUGGACAGUGAAUUUAAAGAAGAGAGCCACUAUUGUAGCCAACCAGGGAAUCACAGCUUAUCUAAUAAAAGAACCAGCAUCUUAUCGAAAUCAUGUGAGAAAUAUGCACCAGCUGAGGAGCACAGAGACCACACACAGGUCAGCUUGUCAGCCCCAGAGCAGGAGGAGAGGGUAGGCAGGUACUCACACCUUGAUGUCAGUCUCAACCUGCUUGCUCUCAGUAGAUUAGAGCCAAUUGUGGAGACUCAGUGUUCAGUUGAAAAUUGUGGCACAAAGAAAGAAUAUGAGGUCAUGAGGCAAGCUAGGGCAAGGGAUAAUGUUAACCUUUCAAGGGACAUCUCCAGUCCCAAGAGUCCCCACCAGCCAGAGCAGGAAAAGGAAUCUUUAACCACUGCUAAGUUAGGACCUGAGGUGAACCCACCAACACCUGACCUAUGUAUUAGUAGUGAAAAGCGCAGUAGACCUAUGACUGUCGCGUAUGAUGCUGUGUCUUACACCUCAGCUAGCAGCAACUGCGAUGAAUUGGAGGAUCCUCAUUUUUUUAUUUCUGCCAGAAAUGCCAACCCUGACAAAAUGACCAAGAGAAGCAAAACAAAAGGCAACCAGACAGGAAAUAAAGGUUCUAAGUUUUCUGUCUUUGCUAAAAUGCCUUCUUUUAGAAAAACUAAAGGUUCAAAGGGUACCAAAAGUGAAGCGAUACCCCAGGAGUCAUUAGAUGGAGGAGGUGAGGGCUUUUUGCCUGAGCAAGGGCCUCAGAAGGACAACUCGGAUGAUGAGGUUUUUGUCAAAGGUGACAUCCUCAACCAAACAGUCCACCAAGCAUUUUCCUCAUUGCAUUACGAGAUUGAAGAAGAGGACUGUGGCUUUUUGUCUUCGACUCCCCACACUCGCCAUGUCCGUCAGCUAGUCAGCCAAGGAGGUAGCAGGGAGGAUAAUGGAGCACCAUGCCCAGACAACCCCCUCCUCAGGCAAGUUCAAUCACCCAAUGGUCAGAUCUACAAGAGAAGCAAGAGCAACGACAGUUUAAACAUCCGCAUGCGCUUUGCACAAGCACACAAGUCCCUUUCCAGCCUCUUUGAGUCCCGUUCGAUGGAUAAGGAGAAUGAAGAUCAAGCCACUAUUGGCCCUGAUGUGGAUUCAGGUAAAGCCAAACAAUCCUGGAGGAAGCUGAAAAAGACCAAGGAGGCUGAGCUGCUAAAAAGAACUCAUUCAAUGCCAGAUGGGGAAUGUAGCACCAUUGCUUCUGGGCAGGACCAUACAUACUUAAUGUCCUCUCCACUCUUGGACAGGCUCAGCAGUCCAGGGUCACCAUCCUCCCUCAGAGCCCUUCGCCACACUGAUCCCAUCUCCAAGCGGGGAGUUCCACAAGGGAGUGGAAAGGAAAACCUACAUGGAUGCAAAUCUGACGGCCAGAGAAGAAAGUGCUCACCAGAUGGUCUGCCUACCUCACUGUGUGUGUCUGGCCUACCUCCAUUUUCCGAUGACUCUGCAAUCCCACUCCCCAAUUACACCAGUCCAGUCUCACCUUCCACCCACUGCUCACUGGCCACCCUAACGCAUCAGCUUUCACCGUCCUGUACCAGGUCCCAGCCAGCGGCCAGUGAGGGCUUGACUGCAAGCCCCCUACGGCCAAUGAGCCCUAAACCUAACAGCCCUAGGCCAGCUGCUCAGCGCAAAGUUUUUGGUUACCCUUACUCAGCAAGGACCUGUUCUGUCUCUCCUAUCUUUCUGGGCCAGUCGGUCAGCGUGGAGGGAUUAACAGACCCCCCUGAGAGGCCAAAAACCCUAAAACCAUCAGCUAGCCCACUGGGUCUCAGCCUCAGCCUCAGCCCCCUGGAUGUAGCUGAGGGCAGAAUAGACAGCCAGACACACAUCAGCCUGUGUGCCAUUGGCUGCAUCAACGAAUUAGAGGGCACAAAAAAUGGUGGUCAGCCUGCCAGCCAGUCCAGAACAAGAAAGCUGUUGGAGGUGAAGGCCAAGGGGAAGGCCUCUGUGGUUCCUGGUGGGCUGAGGACUGGCUGUCUGGUGGAUGUGGGCCAUGAUGGAGGUGGCCAGCAGCAAAGGCGAAACUGUUCAGAUGACCUCUGGAUCGAAGAGCAAAGGAAAUGCAAACGCAAACUGGCCAGAGCCAUCAGGGGGAGUCUGGACCAUCUCAGCACACUGUUAUCUGAAGACAUGGAGAAAGCUGAUACUGGGGUUACCUUGGGGCCGAUUGAGGCCCUCCAGGGGAUGCCUCUCAAGGCCCACUGCUUCUCUCAGAGCACUCCCAUUGGUCUUGACUGCCUGGGCUGGAGAAGAUGCAUCUCCUACUCUUCGGUGGUUGUUCCUGACGGAGCGUCAGACAAGGUGGGGCUUGGGGACGAACUGGGCAGCGAAGAGGAUCUACUGUAUGAAGAGUUUCGCAGUUCUGGACAUCGUUUUGGACACCCAGGAGGAGGCGGAGGAGAGCAGCUAGCCAUCAAUGAGCUGAUCAGUGAUGGCAGCGUGGUGUAUGCUGAGGCCCUCUGGGACCACGUCACCAUGGACGACCAGGAGCUGGGCUUCAAGGCCGGUGAUGUCAUCGAAGUAGUGGAUGCCACCAACAAGGAGUGGUGGUGGGGUCGCAUCAUGGACAGCGAGGGCUGGUUCCCUGCCAGCUUCGUACGGUUGCGUGUGAACCAGGACGAGCCCAUGGAGGAGUAUCUGGCCCACCUUGAGGAGUCUCAGGCUGGAGAGGAGGACCGGGCAGGUCUGGGCUUGUUGCUGGGACCUGGUUUACCCUGCAAAGAGCAGAUGAGGGCCAAUGUCAUCAAUGAGAUCAUGAGCACAGAGAGAGACUACAUAAAGCACCUGAAAGACAUCUGUGAGGGUUACAUCAAACAGUGCCGCAAGAGGACAGACAUGUUCAAUGAAGAGCAGCUUCGCACCAUCUUUGGCAAUAUUGAAGAGAUCUACCGAUUCCAGAGGAAGUUCCUGAAAGGGCUGGAAAAGCAGUUCAACAAGGAGCAGCCGCACCUCAGCGAGAUCGGCUGCUGCUUCCUCGAACACCAAACAGAUUUCCAGAUCUAUUCAGAGUAUUGCAACAACCAUCCCAACGCCUGCGUUCAGCUCUCUAAGCUCAUGAAGGUCAACAAAUACGUGUUCUUCUUUGAGGCCUGCCGACUGCUCCAGAAGAUGAUCGACAUUUCCUUGGAUGGUUUCCUGCUUACCCCAGUUCAGAAGAUCUGCAAGUACCCACUGCAACUGGCUGAGCUGCUCAAGUAUACCAACCCACAGCACAGGGACUACAAAGAUGUGGAGGCAGCCUUAAAUGCCAUGAAGAAUGUGGCCAGGCUGAUUAACGAAAGGAAACGGCGCCUUGAGAACAUUGACAAGAUCGCCCAUUGGCAGAGCUCCAUAGAGGACUGGGAGGGUGAAGACGUCCUCAGCAGGAGCUCUGACCUCAUCUUUUCGGGGGAGUUGACCAAGCUGUCCCAGCCUCAGGCCAAGAGUCAGCAGAGAAUGUUUUUCCUGUUUGAUCAUCAGAUGGUUUACUGCAAAAAGGACCUCCUGCGCCGAGACAUGCUAUACUACAAGGGUCGGAUGGACAUGGACCACAUGGAGGUGAUAGAUGUGGAGGAUGGCAAGGAGAAGGACUUCAACAUCAGCGUAAAGAAUGCUGUGAAGCUUCGAUCAGUGGCUGGUGACGAGGUCCACCUCCUGUGUGCCAAGAAGCCUGAGCACAAACAGCGCUGGCUCCGAGCCUUUGCGGACGAAAGGAUUCAGGUCCAGCAUGACCGUGAGACAGGCUUCUCUCUCACAGAGGUCCAGAAGAAACAGGCCAUUCUCAAUGCCUGCAAAAGCCAUCCAGCCGGGAAACCCAAAGCAGUGACCAGACCCUACUAUGACUUCCUGCUGCGACAGAAACACCCCUCUCUCCCUACUGCUUUGCCCCAGCAGCAGGUCUUCAUGCUGGCUGAGCCGAAGCGCAAAACCUCCACCUUCUGGCACAACAUCGGCAGACUGACGCCUUUCAAGAAGUAAAAAAGAAAUCAGAAAGGAAAAGAAAAGCUGUGGAAAGAAGGAACUGAGGAGGAAAAAGAGAAGAGCUCUUUGCUCGUGCCUGAAUAGACCCUUUUUAAUUCUUCCUCUCUCCUCUUUCCCACUCGUAACAUUGCUCUUAUUGACAUACUGAUAAGUUGUAAAGAUGUGGAUGAAUAUGAUGAGGAGAUUAUUUUUGAAAGCACUUUAUAGGUUGGCUAACAAUCAGACUUGAGAAUGGUCUCCUGGAGACACCGAGUCAAACAAGGAGAGUGGCCUCUUGCUUAACUUACAACUUCUACACCUUCAAUCACAUACCGACUGAUACUAGUACUACUACUGUACUGCUGCGAGUGAGUGUGGGUCUCUUGACUAUGCUGCCUCUGUGAAGAUGUUGGCUGUCAACAAAAAUUGUGUUUUUUUCCACUGUUCUGUUGUUUUAGGAUUUGACAGAUGCCAAGUGUUCACAGUGCCAGAUGAUUUGUUUUUGUAUUUGUUUGUUCUGUGUCUGCUUUCGAAAAAAAAAAGGGAAAAUUGGGAGGGUGUGUAUGUGUGUGUGUGUGUGGGAGGGGGGUUCUGUAUGUCUCUGGUGCAUUUGUGGUAUUGUGCAAAACUUGAUCAAAGUCAUCAAAUGCAGCCUAAAGAAGAUUCAGCCCAUUGCAGAUGAGGAGCUUUUUAUUCAAACAAACAGACACUGCGGCAACACACAUUCCUCGAAUCUGAUCCUCUCCUCCUCCUACCUGCCAUGUCCAUGAAAGUGAAAAUACUGUUCUUUUUUCAUUCUUUUUCUUUUUUUAAGUGCCAUUUCAAGUGUGUCAUGGAUGACUUACAAUGACAUGCAUGGAUGUGAUGAAAAAAUACUGUGAAGAAUAUUUUUUUAUCUCUGAAGAACCCUGCUAUAUUUAGCCAGAUUCAGGAACUGAAGUUUCAUUGUGCUACUAGGCUGACAGCUUCACACACACACUCACUGACAUUCUGAUAUCCAGUAUCCUUGCUCUGUGUAUCUGGUCUCCAGUAUAAUCUCAUUUCUGAUCAAUGCAGCCCAGUGAUAUCGCUCUGUAAGUGCAUUCAGUGAAAUGUACUCUUUUAACCUUUAUGUUCAAAUAUUUUAGCUUCUGACGAUAUG